AUGGAUCAUACCUGUGCCAGUCGUUAUCCGUUCCCAAUAAAAUUCGAUGAAGAAAGCUUAAAUAAAAUGGUUGAGAAUGCUGUAGAUUGGGCACAUGGUCAUGGCUUAGUAAUGCGUACUGCAGAUCAUAAGGAUCGUAGUGAUAUUUGUCAGACAGCACCGUUCACACUGUUACCAUCUCCGUUCCCGAACAGAUUGUUUCAGGAAGCAGUCAACAUUCAACAGGCUAUAAAUCUGCUGUAUUUUCGGAUAUCGUCCGAUUAUGAAUUCCUUGUUAACGCUCAUGCAGAGGUCAUUAAAACGGAUGAUUUCACAAGGCAUUUUGUGGAAAUUUUGAAGCAUAUUCAUAAGGUUGGUUUGAAACAAACGAAAACUUUGUUGAUUCAACGAGCAGACUACAUGUGUGAUGAACAAGUGGUGGGUAGUAAUGACUUCAGAUUAAGACAGGUCGAAGUGAACAAUAUUGCCGCAAGUAUGGGUUGGCUGGGUGAGAUGACAUCCUGUUUGCAUCGACGAACGUUACAAGAUUUGGGUGUAUCCGAUGAAAUCAUUGACAAUUAUCUUCCACCGUCCAACCAGCCAAUCGAUACGAUUGCCGAGGGCAUUUUUGAUGCAUGGUUGGGGUUGGACGUUGGUGACGUGAAAUCGUUGAUUCUGUUUGUCGUUGAGGAUGUGAAUCAAAAUCAGCUUGAUCAACGCCAUGUUGAAUAUCGUAUCGACAAGUUGAGUGCAAGACGAGCUAAAUGCGUUCGCCUUACCUUAACUGAAUGUGCUCAUAGAUUAACAUUGGGAGGUACGAGUGGUUAUGAAUUGUUAUUGGACAAAAACGAGUGUAUCACGAUUGUAUACUUUCGUGCCGGUUAUUCACCAAGUAAUUAUCCGUCUGAACUGGAAUGGAAUGCAAGACUUCAGAUUGAAUUAUCCACUGCGGUCAAAUGUCCUUGGAUCGGCUUACAGUUGGCUAACACUAAAAAAAUACAGCAGGUGUUGGCUGAAGAGGGUCAGCUCGAAAAAUUUUUAGCAGAAGCAAAAUCGGACUGUGUUCGGAUUCGAGCAACUUUCGCUGGUUUAUGGGGAUUAGAGAAUGAUGAUGUAUCAACGCAAGAGAUUGUAAAGAAGGCUAUAGAACAUCCAGAACGAUUCGUGUUGAAACCGCAACUGGAGGGUGGUGGUGGAAAUUAUUACGGAGAUGAAGUCUCAACAAAACUAAAGCGGAUGAAUUUAUCAGAACGUGCUGCACACAUUCUCAUGGAACGAAUACGACCUAUGGUUGUUAAGAAUUAUUUGAUUCGGCCGUUUGAGUCGGUUGAGUUGAGUAAUAUUGUUGGAGAAUUGGGUGUUUACGGUUGUUUAUAUGGUGAAAUGAAAAUGAAAGGAUGUAAAGAUGAACGCAUAAUGAUGAAUAUCUCGAAAGGACACAUCAUUCGAAGUAAAUGUGAACAUGUCGAUAAAGGUGGCGUAGCGAUUGGUGCAGCUGUUAUUGAUAGUCCUUUAUUAAUUUAG